AGGGUUUCUUAGCGCUUCCCCCAUUAUAGCAGUAGUAUCCGACGGUACGUGAAUGCAGCAGUGGGCUUCAUAACAGUGCUGUUGAACUUAAGGACUGUGCUUCGAGCAGAGAGGAAGGUAACAUGGCUGCACUUUUCAAAGCAAGAAGAGCUCUCAGCUCGUUUUUCACUGGUUGUCGAAGCCUGUCUCAGCUCGCAGAGUUACCAGAAACUCAUCAGAUACUCAGACAGACCUGCAGAGACUACGCUGACAGAGAGCUGUCCCCCAUCGCUGCCAGACUAGACAAAGAGCAUGUUUACCCCGCUAAACAGAUUCAAGAACUGGGGGCAAUGGGUGUGAUGGCCAUGGAAGUACCAGAGGAGCUGGGUGGAGCUGGGAUGGACUACCUGGCGUACAGUCUGGCUAUGGAAGAAAUCAGUAGAGGCUGUGCCAGCACCGGAGUAGUGGUCUCUGUUAACAAUUCUCUGUACAUUGGACCGAUACUAAAGUUUGGUACAGAAGAGCAGAAAAAGCAGUGGAUCCAGCCGUUCGCCACAGGAGAGAAGGUGGGCUGCUUUGCCCUCAGUGAGCCAGGCAAUGGCAGUGAUGCGGGUGCAGCCUCCACCAUAGCACAUCAGGAGGGAGAUGAGUGGGUGCUGAACGGAACCAAAGCUUGGAUCACCAACAGCUGGGAUGCCUCUGCUGCCAUUGUCUUUGCCACCACAGACAAGACACUGAAACACAAGGGAAUCAGUGCUUUCCUUGUCCCCAUGCCACACCCAGGGCUUUCUCUGGGGAAAAAGGAAGACAAAUUGGGCAUCAGGGCCUCAUCCACUGCUAAUAUUAUCCUGGAGGACUGCAGGAUACCACUGGGAUACAUGCUGGGCCCACGUGGAUCAGGAUUCAAAAUCGCCAUGCAAACGCUGGACAGCGGGAGGAUCGGCAUUGCAGCUCAGGCUCUCGGUAUCGCUCAGGCUUCUCUGGAAUGUGCUGCUGAUUACGCACACAAACGAACUGCAUUUGGAGCUCCCAUUGGCAAGCUGCAAGCCAUUCAGUUCAAACUGGCAGACAUGGCUGUGGCAAUAGAGGGCGCUCGACUGCUCACCUGGAAGGCUGCGCUUCUUCGAGACUCAAAGAAAGCAUUCACUAAGGAAGCUGCAAUGGCCAAACUAGCAGCGUCUGAAGCUGCAACGUUCUGCUCACACCAGGCGAUCCAAGUUCUGGGUGGGAUGGGUUAUGUGACAGACAUGCCUGCUGAGAGGCACUACCGUGACGCCCGCAUCACGGAGAUCUACGAAGGGACCAGCGAGAUCCAGAGACUGGUGAUCGCUGGCCAGCUGCUGAAAGAAUACCAGUUAUAAAUGGACUGCUAUCACUGUCUGUCUACCUCUGAUGUGUGAUCAGUCAGGCAGACUCCACCUCAUCCUUUAAGACAAAGAGGCCUUUCUCAUCAUACUUGACAGCAUUGAAACAACUUUGAAGCCAGUUAGAUUGGAGAUGACACUUUUCAGGGUAUUUUAUGCCGUCAUUGCUGAAGGAAAAACGGGAACCAGUUCAAAUCCACUAAUCUGCCCACCUAGCCUGACCUAAGCGUCAGUUCACCCACAUUUAAAAGAAGGCUGAAAACACACUCGUAUCCAAUGAUAAAAAUAGAUCUUCUUCCUAAGUGAUUUUAGGAUAUGAACCACCACAGAGAACCUCAUCAAAGCUGCUAAAGGACAGCACUCCCCACCACAGUCAAAAAACAACUGGGGAUCUCUUUUGGAUAUGAAUGCAGUUCCAGAGACUUGGAGAAUCCAUGCCAAGAAGCAUCAAAUCUCAAACAGACCUGAAAUAUAGAAAACUUUGAGCUUCAAAUUUCAGGAACAGAAAUGUGGCAUUGUAGAGUGGUUUACAAAUGCAAAUAAAAGUAUGAAAAUUGCAAAACACUAAAAAUUACAAAAUAAUUGGUGAAAUGAAAAUGAAUAAAGGCAGAGUGUGUUCCAAAAGUAUUUUGCUUAUAAAGGUUCCUCACUGAGAGAUGUGACCCAGAAGUAUCUGUGUGGCGGUCAUAAUACUAAGGUCAUGUACAUAAUAAUACAAAUACUAAGGAAAUGAGCUUCUAUGCUUCCUUUAUUGCUUCCAUCUGACUGCUCAUUAAAACAAUUAAAGGCAAUCAAAUAAGCCAUAAACAUGGAGGAGGAAACAAGUUCCACUGGAUUGCAGCAGGAAAAUAUAAGAAAAUAAGAUGCAUUCUAUUUUAUAGGCAAUCACCUGACGUCGCAGGGUGAACCGCUGUAAUUUCGAUACAAAGAUGCAGCCAGUUCACUUUAGUGAAAAGCAGCAUUCUGCUUAGAGCAGGGAGAGGUGUAGCGACCAGAAUAAUCCAGUGUGACCUCAUGUUUAAUACGAGUGCCUCUUUGAAAACAGCCGUCCCUGUCACUGUAUUGCUGUGCCAUGUGUGUGAAGUAGCUGUGACACACUGGUACUUUUAUUUGUCACAGACUUUUUCAUUCACAUUUGCGUGACUCGAUUAAAAAUUCUCCUGAAUGUCAAAUUCAUACAAAUACAUCUACCGUAUGACCGGCCACAAAAAUUCUCCUGUUUACAACUGUCAGCCACAAACAGACACUGAGUCUCUUUAUUAAACCCAGCAGAUUUUUAACGCGUAAAGAAGGCUUUCGUUUGCCGUAGAUAUUAGUCUGGCACUAAAUCUUCCUCCUCCUUGAAAUUGCCAACCUUUGUAAUCGUGGGAUAUUUUUCACAGGCUGUUCUGGUUUAUUUGACAUCCAUAAACAACAGUGUUCAAACACAUUGUGGCCAUGUAAGGUGCGCAUUUUGUAGUCUAUCUUCUGCAUAUUGUAGUUUCAACAUAGCGGACAUUCGUCGUCACACCGAUGAGGAGAAACAAGUGAAAGGCUGUUCCAAUUCUCAGCUCACCACGCUUCACUUUUCCUAAGUCCUUAGCAAUUUUCCUACCUUUAAAAAAAGGAAAAGUAGUAGGAAGGAAGAGAGGUUGGGAAUAGGAAAAGGAAGGUACUUUUUGAACACACCCAGAGCGUAUUAUGUGUUUUGUACGUGUUUGCAACCCUUUUGAGACAUAUUUCUCUUCCCAUACAUGACGACCUUUAUUUUCAUUAGUUACUAUUGGACUUGUCACAGUGUGGGUUGGUGCUAUGAGCAAACACUGUGUAAUGAAACCCUCUGGGAUCAUGAAUAUUACCCACCUUUGAUGGUGUGUCAUACAUGAACUGGAGGACAAAUGACUCUUUUUUUUGUGCCUCCUAUGAGGAGGUUAAGCCACCAGUGGGCGACAGAGUGCCUUCAUCUGUGGCUCAUUAAUUACUGAUUGAGUCAUCAAUCACUGCACUAUAAUCACAGACACAAGAUCAGCGAACUCCCACUUGCUGACUACAGUUUUGUCAAGAUAAUAAAGGGUUGAAGGUGGUCACUUUUUUUGAUUUAUAUGUGAAUGUUAGAGGUUGUGUAAUAAAAUCCUGUGUAUCUGCCUCACAUACCUCCUGUGCCUCAGUGACUUGUACAUAUUUUAUCGUAACGCAUAGUGUGCAGAUGUUGAUAAUAAAGAAUU